UUUCCUCCUCUUCCCUGGCCGCCACUGUCGCCGCCCCGAGGCCUCGCGACCGCCGAGCCCGCAGCCCACGCCGCGGCCGACAUGAGCUUCUUGUUUGGUAGUCGCUCCUCCAAAACGUUUAAACCAAAGAAGAACAUACCAGAGGGUUCUCACCAGUAUGAGCUCUUAAAGCAUGCAGAAGCCACGCUCGGCAGUGGCAAUCUCCGGAUGGCUGUCAUGCUCCCCGAGGGAGAAGAUCUAAAUGAAUGGGUUGCAGUGAACACUGUGGAUUUUUUCAAUCAGAUCAACAUGCUUUAUGGAACAAUCACAGAUUUCUGUACAGAGGAAAGUUGUCCAGUGAUGUCAGCUGGCCCAAAAUAUGAAUAUCACUGGGCAGAUGGAACAAACAUAAAGAAGCCUAUUAAGUGCUCUGCGCCAAAGUAUAUUGAUUACUUGAUGACCUGGGUUCAGGAUCAGUUGGAUGAUGAGACAUUAUUUCCUUCAAAAAUAGGUGUCCCAUUCCCGAAGAAUUUCAUGUCUGUGGCAAAAACUAUACUCAAACGUCUCUUUAGGGUUUAUGCUCACAUAUAUCAUCAGCAUUUCGACCCUGUAAUCCAGCUUCAGGAGGAAGCGCAUCUGAAUACAUCUUUCAAGCACUUUAUCUUUUUUGUCCAGGAAUUCAACCUGGUUGAUAGAAGAGAACUUGCACCACUCCAAGAACUGAUUGAAAAACUCACCUCAAAGGACAGAUAAGGGAUGCAGAACUGUGCAAAUUGUUCCUCAUGAAGUUGUGUGAAAUGUGUUUGGAUUUUGUUGUAUUUUAUUUUUAUCUUGGUUGUUUUUGUCUUAGGUUUGGGGGGCUUGUUUGGGUUCUUUUUUCUUUAUUCUGAAUAAAUGAAACCAUAUUCUAUUGCUAGAAGAAGCCAACAACCAUUCUCUAUACAUUUGAUAGGCAUAAAUUUUGUCUUAGUGGCACAUGGUAAUAUAUUUUAACUUGGUUUUGGUUACUUGUAGAAUUCUUGAUAAUAUUGUGUGUUGAAAGAAAAUGCUUAUUAAUUGGACUGCUGAUGGAUGGGGUUCUGUGUUGUGUAAAUUGUGGCUAAUUUUUGAAGUCCCUAUAAGACUUAUGUUUUUAAGUGCCUUGGCAGGCUCACUUCUGAGGUGCAAAGCACAUAGAACCAAACAGGGCUUGAAACAAUAUUAGGAUUACUACCCAGGGCACUUACUGAUGCAUGUUUUAAAAUAUCUAUGAUAAAAGCCAUAGUGUACCUAAAUUGAUGAUCUCCAACUUUUACUAAUUGAAGAAACACAAUUUGUAAAGGUGUGCAUGUAGAACAUAAAAAUUAGUAUUUCUUAAUUAUUUUUCACAUACAUGGUAAUUCUGUUCAACAGAUGCUUAAAGUUCUACAAGCAGGUAUUUUUCCAUCUCUUAAUAUCUGUGAUAUUGAAACUUGAGGAUGUUGAAAUGCAAUAUCUAUUGCAUUUUGGCUUCUUUCUACAUGUUAACUGCACUGUAGGUGUGAAUAUUCAGGUUAUAUACAGGUUUGCCAACUUCAGAGGUGACGCUGAACUGUGAGGUUUCUUAGCAAUUGCCAAAUGAGCCAUAAGUCUGCAGAAUCCCCUUCUACAUUGAAGAAGCGGUGAUAGGAGUGUGUGUUUUGUUGUGGGGGUUAGUUUGUAUGGGGAGUUAGGGAUGGAAUUAAGUAUGGGGAGUCAAGAUGGAAUUAAGUAUGGGGAGUCAAGUUCAAGAAGGUCCUGUCUUAAAACCCUUGAAUAGAAUGGCAUGAAGAUUUUAGUUAAUUUCUUAUAAGCAGAGUCUUAGAGACUUCUUUUUAGGAAUCAACUUCCAUGAGAAGUUAAAAAUAAAUUAUUAUUUUAGGUAUAGAUGUUAAAUAUAGAAUUCAAGGACUAUUUGGGGAAAUUGACCACUUUCCAGCAUUUCCAUUCAGUGAAUGGAGCUGGUGUUUGCCUGUCAUUUUUAGUGAUACAAUACAUUCUUUACGUAUUAGAGGUCCAAUUUUAAGCAUUCUGACUUCUGAUUUUUCACUGUGAAAGGAAGUAUUUUUCUUUGCAGUGAUGUCAAACAAUGGAAGUGCUAAUUCAGAGGUUAUUAACUUUUAUAUUUUAUUUUCCCUGACUUUAUAGUAAAUUACUCCCAUAAUAAGUUCUGAAAAUUAGUUUUUAAAAUAGAUAUUAACAUUUGUACUUCAGUGUUAUUCUUGAGAUAUAUUCUUUCCAGACUUCAUUUUAAUUUUGUCAUUUCUGGUAAAUCUGUUCCUUCAGUUAGAAAUACAUAUUCUUUCUUCAGUAAGAAAUAUAUACCCUUUUUCUUGUAGAAUAGAAAUCUUACUCUGAAAUUGUAUAGACUAAAAAUACUUAGAAAAGAGUCUAAAAUGAAAUUGAUUUGUUUUUGCUAUUAACAAGUAGAGCAGUGAUACAGUUUAAUGCCAUUACAAUUAUGAUCACUAGGAACUUCCUUUCUCUCCAUUUCAUUUAUAGCAAUCAUUCUCCUAGUACCACAGAUCAACAGUAGAAGUAACAGGAGAGCCUGGCAGAGAUAAAUAUAUUGGACAUUCAUUAGUAAUGCUUAGUUAUACACUUCAGUGAGAAUUAGCUGAUUUCCAUAAAACAAAUCUUUUUAAUAUCCAAAUAUGUAAUAUCAGCCAUUAUGGGUUGAUUUAGAUAUAAAAUUCGGUGUCCGUUGAUUUGGGUCCUGUUUAGGAAAAUGAAGCACAUGAUUGAUUACUCAAGUAAUCUUCCAUACUGCAUUUGUCUUCAUAACAAAGGGGUUGCAAUAGCCAAGUGUAGAGAGACUAGUGAAAUAUUGUUCUUGCUCUUUUAAGCCUUAUACAGUAGUACACUGUACAAGUGGAAAAUGUUUCUAUAAAUUAAUGUUUAGUAGUAGGACCUACUUUCCCACUGUGUGUAUAUAGGAGUUUGUCGUCACUGUGCCAGAAUCUCAGGUGCCUGCUUCUGAGUAUUCCUUUAAACAGAGUUAUUGGGAAGUAAGGAGUUAAGUAUGUGUAUAUAUGGUAAUAAAGUAAAGAAGUUCUUCCAGGGAGGGGCCUGCCAUUGUACAUGGUGUUACAUGGCUGUAAGUAGGGAAACAUUCAUCAGAGCAUGUGAGAAAUAACUGAUUUAAUAAAAAAUUGCUUUGAUUCGGUUGGUUCUCAUUAGCAUUAGUGAGAUGCCCUUUUUAAAAUAAGUAUCAAGCCCAGCCAGUGUGGCUCAGUGGAUUGAGCGUCGUCCAGUGGACAGGUCCUGGUUCCAUUCCUGGUCAGGCACAUGCCC